UCAAACAACACCAUCAUCAUCCAAUCCAGCCAGGAACGCGGACCGUAUUUUUCGUCGAAAAUUGUGUGGAAAAUCGGUAGCUUUCCAGUUAAAAUCACAUUAAUUGUGUAGAAUUUGCUGCCCAGAUCCGGAAUAACCAUAUGAAAUGAUGGGUCUACCAAACGUUGCCGGAUAUUUGGCCGAACAGAAAAAGACCACGGACAAGGAGCUGGCAGCCGAGUGGACCGAAAUCGAGGAGCUGUAUAAUGAGAAGUUGUGGAACGAACUGACCAUCAAGUUGGACACAUUCGUGAAAACUCCGACGCUACAGAAUGAGGAAGCCCUGCUCGCGUUGUACCACAAUUUCAUUUGCGUUUUUGAGACCAAGAUUAACCCGUACGGUCUGGUGGAGAUCCUAACCGUGGUGGUGUCGCACAUCGCCGACAAGAAGGAAGCGGUUGCCUUUCUAGAGAAGCUCAAGGAUAAGAUCAAGGUAUGCGACGAAGCCCUCUGGAUGUGCAAGGUGUUGCAGGGUACGAUCUAUCUGGAGGCUUUGAACGAGCUGGACGAGACGAAGAAGAUCAUCCUUGACUUGAAGGACCUUCUGGAGGAGGCAGGCAAUGUGACACCAGUGCACGGAAAGUACUACAUGCUGGCCGCCAACUACUACAGGCUGGUCGGUCAGCACAGCGACUACUAUCGCUGUGGAUUGCAGUUUUUGGGAUGUUCCAUGGAUAGCUACCCGAAGGAUCAGUGGCCUCAGCAGGCAUUCUUCCUUGGACUGGCUGCGUUGCUCGGUGAAGGCAUCUACAAUAUUGGAGAGCUGCUGGCCCACCCCAUCCUAGAGUCCUUGAAGGGCACCGAUAACGAAUGGCUGGUGGAUUUGCUGCAGGCCUUCAACUCGGGAGAUAUCAACAAAUUUGAACAGAUGAAACCGAAGUGGAGCACCAUCGCCGACCUGGCCGCCCAGGAGGUGAAGCUCCGACAGAAGAUCUCCCUACUUUGCCUGAUGGAGAUGACCUUCAAGCGACCAGCCAACAAGCGCACCAUCACAUUCGAGGAGAUUGCCAAGGAGGCGAAACUUCCCAUCAAGGAGGUCGAGAUUCUGAUCAUGAAAGCCCUCGCUCAGGGCCUGGUGAAGGGAGCCAUCGACGAAGUCGCCGGAGUGGUCAACAUGACCUGGGUCCAACCGAGGGUGCUGGAUCGGAAGCAGGUGGCAGCGAUGGCCACCACCCUAGACACCUGGAUGGCUUCCAUCACCUCGAUGGAACAGCUGAUCGAGAGCCGGGCGAGUGAAAUCCUCACGAACUGAAUGAGUGUUUUUCUUUCGUUUCUCAUUAAUUGAAAACAAUUUUCUGUUUUGAAAUAAAACCUUAGCACUUAUAUUUAAUGGAAAAAAGCCGUCUUUACAUAAUA